AUGCGGGCUGCAUCUACUACUGGCCGUGUCAUUAAGGAUGGCAGCGGUUCGUUUUCGGUUCGGAUAUCCGUGGUUUUUGGUUCUGCGGUUUUCGGUUUUAGUUCCAAAUUUCACCCACGGUUUUGCGGUUUCGGGUACCCGAAAGUCUUCGAUUUUGGUUCCAUCCGAUCCGAACCCGAACCGCUGCCAUCCUUACGUGUCAUGAACCUAUGUCAUGAACCUCGGACUGGGCCCAACGAAUCGAGGGUUGCAUCUACUGCAGGCCUCACGUCAUGGACCUCGGACUGGGCCCAACAAUUCGAGGGCUUCAUCUACUGGGCUGCAUCAGGACCUCGGGUUGGGCCCAACGAUUUGAAAAGUAUUCUGGGUCAUCAACGACUGCAAAAUGCAGUGUACGAUUCGCGUCUUCCUAAGGUCAUAUUCCUCUUUGAAUUUCGAGGUGUAUUGGAUUUGAGGGAAUUACCUAAGGUCAUAUUCCUCUUUGAAUUUCGAGGUGUAUUGGAUUUGGGGGAAUUAAGGAGUUAUCGUGCAAUGGUGUUUGUUGGGCCGGUCGAUGGUUUGGAAUUAGCUUCUAUCGAGUUGAUGAAUAGACGAUCCAUGGUUGGAAUCAGUUUCUUUUCGAGUCAACCAAGAGAUGGCUCGGGUUUGCAUCUCUCAAAAGUGAGGCUCGAGUAUGAGCUUUGGUGUCAAAUUCGAAACCUCGGGUUGUGUUUGUAA